AUGGAGGGUUCAAAAGCUGGUUCGUUUAAGGAGAUGCCUCUGGGGAUAGAUGCAACAACUGAGGAAGAAUAUGCUUCCCAGUCUAGACUACUUCAAGAAUUUACUGGUAUUUCCAGCAUUGAUAAGGCAUGGAUAUUUAAAUCUGACAGCGGAAUUGGCUCCCAGGCAAUGUUUUCAAUUAGUCAACCAAAUCUUUUGGCAAACAAAAGGAAGAAGUUCAUUCUGUCCUCUCAUGUUUUAAGAGAAAGUAACAAUUCUGUAAAUUUCCAAUGGGCCCCAUUUCCUGUGGAGAUGACAGGAGUCUCUGUGAUGGUUCCAUCACCAUCUGGUGCAAAGCUUCUUGUAGUUCGGGAUCCUGAAAAAGAAUCUCCCUGUCAAUUUGAAAUUUGGGGUCGAGCUCAAGUGGAAAAAGAAUUCCACAUCCCCCAAUCUGUUCAUGGCUCAGUAUAUGCUGAUGGAUGGAGAGUCCAAACUUUCAAUGAAUACAGGUUUCAGGGAAUUUCUUGGAACUCUGAUGAAACUCUCAUUGCUUAUGUUGCUGAGGAACCAUGUCCUUCCAAGCCCACAUUUACAGGACAGGGCUACAAGAAUAGUACUUCCGCAGAUAAGGACUUCGGUAACUGGACAGGUCAAGGGGAUUGGAAGGAAGAGUGGGGGGAAACCUAUUCUGGGAAACAGCAGGCUGCACUUUUUGUCAUGAACAUUAACAGUGGAGAGACACAAGCUGUUAAAGGAAUUGAAAAGUCUUUGAGUGUUGGUCAAGUUGUGUGGGCGCCACCGGUUAGAGGUUCACAUCAAUAUUUGGUUUUUGUUGGGUGGUCAGAAGGUACCAGAAAGCUUGGUAUCAAGUACUGCUUUAACAGGCCCUGUGCAUUGUAUGCGGUUAGGGCACCAAAUUUUGAAUCCAAAGCUGAUGGACCUGAACUCAAAGAUAGUUCAACUGAAGAUUCUCCUGUAGUAAAUCUAACUCAAAGCAUAACUAGUGCUCUCUAUCCACAGUUCAGUCCAGAUGGAAAAUUCCUUUUGUUUUUAUCUGCAAGGAGUGCUGUGGAUUCUGGUGUACACUCUGCAACAGAUUCUCUACACAUAAUAGAUUGGCCGAUGGAUGGAGUACUAUCCUCAUCUACAAAAAUUGUUGAUGUGAUUCCUGUUGUAAUGUGUGGCGAGGAUGGUUACUUCCCUGGGCUUUACUGUUCAAGUUUCCUUAGUAAUCCAUGGCUUUCUGAUGGAUGCACGAUGAUCUUAUCUUCCGUCUGGGGCAGUUGUCAAGUCAUACUUUCUGUGAAUGUGUUGAGUGGGGAAGUAUUACGUAUCAGUCCUACUGAUUCAAAUUUUUCAUGGAAUGUUCUUACACUGGACGGGGACAAUAUCAUUGCUGUGUCUAGCAGUCCAGUAGAUGUACCUCAUAUCAAGUAUGGUUAUCUUGUUGAUAAAGAUAGUAAAGAUACUGCAUGGAGUUGGUUAAAUGUAUCAAGGCCCACAAAUGCAUGCUCUGAGAAGGUUGAAUCUUUGCUCUCAUCUCUUCAAUUCAGUAUAUUGAAGAUUCCCAUCAGGGAUGUUUCUUAUAGCCUGACAAAAGGUGCCACCAAACCUUUUGAAGCUAUAUUUGUAUCUUCCAAAACUAAAAGAAGUGAUCCAUGUGACCCAUUAAUUGUAUUCCUUCAUGGAGGACCGCAUAUUGUUUCAUUGUCCAGCUUUUCAAAGUCCUUAGCAUUUCUCUCUUCAAUUGGUUUCAACUUGUUAAUUGUAAACUAUAGAGGUUCACUGGGGUUUGGUGAAGAAGCACUUCAGUCUCUUCCAGGGAACAUUGGGUCCCAGGACGUGAAUGAUGUACUGGUGGCUAUAGAUCAUGUCAUUGACAUGGGACUUGCCAGUCCAUCAAAAAUUGCAGUUCUUGGUGGUUCUCAUGGUGGCUUUCUCACAACCCACUUGAUUGGCCAGGCACCAGAUAAGUUUGCUGCGGCAGCAACAAGAAAUCCUGCUUGUAACCUUGCAUUGAUGGUGGGCACGACAGACAUCCCAGAUUGGUGCUAUGUGGAGGCCUAUGGAAGUGAGGGUAAAAAUACAUUCACAGAAGCACCUUCAGCUGAGCAUCUAACUCUCUUUCACAGGAAAUCUCCUAUUUCACAUAGCUCAAAGGUCAAAACACCAACCCUUUUUCUUUUGGGUGCUCAGGAUAUUCGUCUUCCCUUUUUCACUGGAUUGCAAUAUGCUCGGGCAUUGAAAGCAAAAGGAGUUCCUGUCAAAGUCAUUGUGUUUCCUAAUGAUACUCAUGCAAUUGAGAGACCACAAUCCGACUUUGAGAGCUUUCUGAAUAUUGUUCCACUCAGUAGGUUUGAUCCACUUAUAACCAAACUCUUCACCUUGGAACCUGUUGAAGGUGGCUAG